AUGGCAGCACGAUCUCUUCUCGACCGCCUUGAGGAGCUGUGCAACGUGGAUGUCGACGAUGUCGACACCGAAGUCAUCAAAUCACUGCCUUUCACUCCGCAUAAUCGUGACUCUCAGCUCACCAACCGCAAUCGGGCAGAGACUUCCAACCAGGCCAUCAUUACGAAGCGGUUGCUGGAGCCGAAGAACAAGGCGCUUCUCGAAGACCUGAUAGAGAAGUAUGGCAAACAAGGCUGGGAGCACGUCUAUAACAUGGCGGCCAUUACCCUCUGCGCCCGAAACAUUCCCUACCUGUCGGGUCGAGUGCUUGUUCAGACCUCCCUCCGACACGUUCACGACCGAGAUGCAAUUAUCAAACAAUGCCUGGCGUACGCCGUGGCCUUCGAACAAGCCGGCGUCUCAAGAGAUCGAUUCGCUAUCAAGCUGCCAUUCUCGGGAUCUGCUGCCUCGGCGGCCCUUGAGCUCAACGCUCAAGGUAUUCGCACGCUGGCUACGGCAGUCUUUUCUCUUGAACAAGCAAUCGCAGCCAGCCAGUCAAACUGUCUCUUCAUCAGUCCAUACUACAAUGAAAUCGCGGCGCAUCUGGACCCGUCACUGCGGCCCCUGGUUGAAGACCCGGCUCUCGAGCAUCCCAUGUCAGCCCGUGUAAUACACAUCCUCAAGACUUACGCAGAAGCGUACGUGCGAACGGGCAAAGAGCAGCCGAUUUUGGUCAUCGCAAGCCACUUCAAUACCGCCGAGAUACUGGCCAUGGCCGAGCUAGGCUGCCAACAUGUGACCAUACAAGCGCACAACCUCCAGAAGCUGAUGGAGACACCCGACACGCUCCCACCAGUGCUCCGUACAAAGCCUAAACAUCCGUACGCUGAAUUCGUCGUCGCAGACCGCUUACAGCCUCUGGCCACUCUCGACCCGCUCGCAGGACCGGGAUGGGACGGAGUUUUGGCGACAAUGGACACGGAUUUUGUGGCUGACGGCGGCGCAAAGCUUGACAAGUUCAUCGAAACGGAUGCCGUCCUCCAGAGACGGUUCGGAGACGCUUGCAAGCUCUUCCUUGGGGCCGAAGAGGAAGCGAAGGCGGCUAUUGAAAAGCUCAUGGUGGCAAAAGGCGUAUGA